UCGGUCACUGUAAUCCUCAAUAGCAAAUAAGAAGCAGAGCUCUCAAGGGGAGGUCGAGAUAUGGGAGAGCUAACUAUAGCUGUCGACUACAAUGCCUCGUCUCCUCCACAGUCUCUGUUGGAGAGGCUCAAGGAUUACGGCCAAGAAGACGCUUUCGCCCUCUGGGAUGAACUCUCCCCUGAAGAACGACAGCUUCUCGUCAGCGAUAUCGGGAGCUUAGAUCUUCCAAGGACAGAUCGGAUCAUUCGCUGUUCACUUCGAUCUCAAGGGCUUCCGGCUCCGGCGAUUGAGCCAGUGCCAGAGAAAUGUGUUUCUACUGUUGAAGAGAGAACACUUGAAGAAAGAGAGAGAUGGUGGAAGAUGGGCUUGAAAGCAAUCUCAGAGGGGAGGUUGGCUGUGUUGCUUUUGGCUGGUGGGCAGGGAACCCGCCUUGGAAGUUCUGAUCCCAAGGGAUGUUUUAACAUUGGUCUUCCAUCCGGAAAGUCGCUGUUUCAACUUCAGGCGGAGAAAAUUUUAUGUGUUCAAAGACUUGCCGCUCAGUCUGUAAAUGAGGGCUCAGCUGGUUUUAUGCCAAUACAUUGGUACAUAAUGACUAGCCCAUUCACUGAUGAUGCCACACGCAAGUUUUUUGAAAGUCACAAAUAUUUUGGCCUUGAACCUGAUCAAAUCACCUUUUUCCAGCAGGGUACAAUUCCUUGCAUCUCCAAGGAUGGUAGAUUUUUUAUGGAGACUCCAUACAGAGUUGCAAAGGCACCAGAUGGGAAUGGAGGUGUUUAUUCUGCUUUGAAGUCUUCAAAACUGUUGGAAGAUAUGGCCAUGAGAGGUGUGAGAUACAUAGAUUGCUAUGGAGUCGAUAAUGCAUUGGUCCGAGUUGCUGAUCCAACUUUCUUGGGAUACUUCGUUGAAAGAGGUGUAGCUGCAGCAGCAAAAGUCGUGCGUAAGGCGUACCCACAAGAAAAGGUUGGUGUGUUUGUUCAACGGGGUAAAGGUGGCCCACUCUCUGUUGUUGAAUAUAGUGAAUUGGAUCCUUCACUGGCUUCUGACAUCAACCAGCAGACCGGACGACUUCGCCUUUGUUGGAGUAAUGUCUGCCUGCACAUGUUUACUUUGGAUUUCCUGAAUCAAGUGGCAAAUGGUCUCGAAAAAGAUAGCAUUUACCACAUUGCUGAGAAAAAAAUCCCUUCUACACAUGGGUUUACAAUGGGCUUGAAGUUGGAACAAUUUAUAUUUGAUGCAUUUGCUUAUUCUCCUUCAACAGCACUCUUUGAAAUACUACGAGAAGAGGAGUUUGCACCAGUGAAAAAUGCCAAUGGAUCAAAUUUUGACACACCUGAUAGUGCUCGCCUCUUGGUUCUCCGCCUUCACUCUCGUUGGGUGGUUGCUGCAGGUGGCUUCUUAACGCAUUCGGUGCCAUUAUAUGCAACUGGUGUGGAAAUCUCACCCCUUUGCUCGUAUGCUGGAGAAAACCUAGACGCGAUAUGCCGCGGGAGGACAUUUCAUGCACCCUGUGAAAUUGCUUUCUAGAUUGUUGUUUUUUGUGUGGUUCUAUCCUGAUUAAAUCUAAAUGAGUGGCUAAUUACCGAUUUGUCUGUCAUUUGGGUAUCUAGUCAAUAGCUGGUGUAAAUCUGAUGUCAGAAUUAGGCGUAUGUCUUCUUCCUAGAGAGGAGAGAAUUAGAGGGUGUGUUUUUCCCUACUCGGCCUUGAGACAGGAUUGGCUAUUCUUUGCCUGUUCAUCAUGCCCCUUCUCACCACAAAAAACUAAUAAUAUCAAAAGUUCUCUGUGCAUUU